UCUAGUGGCAACGUCUUUCAAAAUACACUAAUAAUUUUUAGAAUUAAGAAAACAAAUCACCGCCGCAAAAAUGUUCAAUGGUAUGGUGAAGACCAUACGUGAUAGCAUUGUGGGCACCUAUCCAUCCUGCCAUGUGAAUUCACGUCUAGAGGAGCGCCGUGCUAAGCAAAGAGCUAUGCGUCAGGAACGCAGGCGAAAACCAGACAAGCCCGAUGAUUUUGUCACCUACGAAGACUCUGGCAGCGAUGAGGAGACGCCCCAACAGCAGGACGAGGUGCUCAACACAUCCUACAAUCUAUGCGACUACCUGCGGAGCAGAGAAAGUUCAUUGUGCGACCAGCGUCGCAGCGUUAAUGUGGAAUUCACCAGUCGCUAUGUGCUCACCCAUGAUAUGCUACGUGAGACGCAAAUCAAUUUAGGCUACAUUAACAAGGUGUUUUGUUCCAAAUGGCUGAGCAAUCGUCAGGUGGUGUUCGGCACCAAGUGCAAUAAAUUGCUCGUCUAUGAUGUGAAUAUGCGUCGGGUGGACGCCAUUCCCACGCUAUCCAACAGUCGUGCCAAUCAUCCAGAGAUCCAAGGCGGCCUGCAUGCAAUUGAACUGUCACCCAGUCGUUCAUUUCUGGCCACGGGUGCCCGCAAUUCAUCCGACAUUGCCGUGUAUCGAUUACCAACUCUGGAUCCGGUUUGUGUGGGCGAGAAUGGUCAUCGGGAUUUAAUAAUGGGCAUGUGCUGGCUAGACGAUCAGUUUCUCGUUUCCGGCUCCAAGGACUCUCGCAUGGCCCUGUGGCGCAUUAACGAAGAUCAUAUGGACUUUCCUGACGGCGGCGAAGAGUCUUGUCCAACAUUUGCCACGAUACAUCCACUUAGCGUCAAAGAAGUUCGGACUGCGCAACGAAUACGUUCGUUGUGCUUCAACAAAGAGUUCAAGGAGAUUGCAGCGCUAUCUCUUAACGGAUAUAUUCACAUUUUUAACGCAGAGACCUUUAAGCAAACAUUAUCUCGCAAGCUACCCAACUGCCAAGACAAUGUGAGCAUUGCCUAUCAUAGCGAUGGUCUUUAUGCGGUCGGUUGUCGCUCCUAUACAAUUCUGUUGGAUGCACGUACAUUGCAGACCAUCAAGAAGAUCACAUCGCGUUACAGCGGCUGUGGUAUCCGAGCCACAUCCUUUGAGGGCAAUCUGUUGACCGUGGGCACAGGUCUGGGCAUGCUGCUCUUCUACGACAUACGUGCUGGCAAGUAUCUGGAGAGUAGUGUAAAUGCUUCCAGAACUGUCGCUCUCAAGUGUAGCAAAGGCAUUGUGUAUCCUGAGGAUGAAAUGGACGGUUUCCAGCAGGUGAAAUAUGUGCCCGCCAUCUACACACACUGCUACGACAGCACAAGGAUGCGCCUGUUUGCGGCGGGCGGACCACUUCCCGCCACUCUGGUGGGGAACUAUGCGGGCGUUUGGCAAUAAUAUCCAUACAUCUGUCACAAAAACUGAUUAGUAUUUAGGCAUUAGUAUAUAUUUUGGUUUUAGACUUAUCGUCGUCGCUGCUGCGAUGUGCGAAAUGUGAUUUUGAUUUCUCCACUCUACUUUACUCGAUUUUAGUUCAUAUAAAUUGAUUUUUACAAUAACUAAUUGUAAAUUUAUGCAUUAGCUUCACGCAGCUUUAGACAAUUACAGAUCGUAUUUAUACAGUUUAAAGAUUAUAUACACAAUACAUGUACUUUACUCUUUAAGUGUUUACGUAUAAAACAAGCUAACAUUGAUUUUAUAGUCUGACCCUUGUGGGAAUAGAAUUUCAAAUAAAAAUGUAUCCAUAAAUACAAAUUUCAAUGACA